AUGCCAAAUCCAGGGUGUAAGGAUGAGUUCCGUAAUUGCACUGAGUUAUUCAUGAAUUGUGGAGAGGAUGCCGAGUUCGAGAAAGGAUGCCAGAAAACGUGUGAGAAGUGCCCUUUGCCGAUUGCGAAGUCAUAUGAACUAGCAAUUCGAAGAUCGUCUGUUGACGGUUGCGGAAAUUACAACGAUGAUUGUGCGAAUGCAUUCUACGUCUGUGGAGUCUCGAACGAGUACGAAAUGUUAUGUCCAAAAACAUGCGAACUCUGCUACACGAAAGACAUCCUGGAUGUUAACCGCGAGCUGGAGAAGUGUGAGAUAAUAUAUGGCAAAUAUUUUUGCAAUCGACUUAUCAUAACAUGCGCAAAAUCGGUUGAUCAAAACUUUGGUCGGGAUUCAUCUGAGCCAAAAUCAAUCCGCGUUGCGAAGUGCUUAGCGGCAGAGGACGUGUUUCUAUUGUGCACUGCAAGGCAUGAUGCAGAAUACUGCAAUAAACUGUUGUCAGCGUGCUCGCAAGUAACAAAUACACCAAUCCCAUACCCACUGCCUGGUCAACCCGGCCAACUCCCUGAAGCUAUUGAAAAAUGCGUAUCUUCAGAGUUCUCUAUAGCGUUAUGUUACGCUCGAAACAGUCCUGGUGUGUGUCAGUUAUGGAUGAAGCAGUGUGAAAUCCCAUCAACAAAUGCACGAUUGACACACGAACAACAGCAGUGCAUGAAGAAUAAGGAUGUAGUCGUUGUCUGCAAGUCAAAACAUAGCAAAAUGUUCUGCGACAAACUUGGAGCAGCAUGUUCGCAAGUGACCAACACACCAAUACCAGAAGUAGGAUAUGGACCUGAAUACAUGCUACCAGAGGCUAUCUCAUUAUGCAUAGCUUCAGAGUACUAUAUCGCAGUCUGUUACGUCGAGAACGGCAUACAAUUAUGCCAGCUCUGGAUGUCGUAUUGCUAUAUAUAUUCCAUCCCUACACACUUAACUCCUGAGCAAAAAAAUUGCAUGGAAGAAAAAAAAUCCCUGAGACUUUGUUACUCUCGAUUCGGUGCUCAGCAGUGCGACAGAUGGAGCUUGCUCUGCAAAGGGGUGGACUCCAAAGGGAACAUGGCAUCGAGCAAAGCAUAUAAAAAUUGCAUUAAUAGCCAGGUAGUACUCCACAAAUGUAAGGUUAAACGUGGCGAAAUUUUUUGCUAUAAACUGGAGGCAGCUUGCUGUGCAAUUUUUGGUGUGGCUGUUCCAUCCGAGACUGUUCAUAUACUACCACAGAAGGUGGUCAAUUGCAUCGGUUCAGAAGAUGUAGUAGCAGUAUGCAGGGCUGAAUAUGAUACUGCAUAUUGUGACAAACUUAUCAAAGCAUGUGCUGAACUAACCGGCACAUCGGAGCAAUUGACCUCAUCCGAUUCCAGACAUCGGUUGCCUCAUGCUGUUGCCAUUUGGAACUACAUAGCAUUUUGUUACGUUCGACAUGGUGCACAAGUCUGUAAAGAUUGGAUGAAAGUAUGCAAGAUUCAGUUUUGGAAUGGAGAAAUAACCAGUGCGCAAAAGCAAUGCGUCGAAAAUCAGAACUCUAUCGGACAUUGCUAUAAGGACCACGGCGUAGAAAAAUGUAACAGGUGGACAGAAAUGUGCAAAACAUUGGGCUUGUCUACGGACCCAGAUUCAAACGAUGCAUACAUGAUUUGCAUUGAUACUCAGUAUCCUAUGGCUAUAUGUGGAGCGAAGUUCGAUCCUGAGUUAUGCAACAAACUUGUAGUUGUUUGUGGACAAAUAUUUAACGUACCAAUUCCAGAGAUGACAUCUAUUUCUGACUACAAGCUGCCAACUGUAAUUGCUACCUGCAUAACUACAGAAACCUAUGCAGCGAUUUGCUAUAUUCGAAGUGGUGCUGAAGUUUGUAAUCGAUGGAUGAGAGCUUGUAAUAUAGUGAUAACGACUGGGAAGCUCACAAUUGCACAGAAGCAAUGUGUGGAAGAGCAGGGAGGUGCACUACAGACAUGCAUUUCCAAGCAUGGAGUAAGUUUCUGCUAUCAACUUGUGAUUACGUGCUCUACGAUGCUUGGUGUCACGAUCACUGGAAAUCGUUUUGAGAAGAUACCGAGGUCCAUACUCGACUGCAUAUCGACAAGUGAUCCCUUGGUUUUAUGUAAAGUAAAACAUGGAUUCGAUUACUGUGACAGACUCAGAGCAGCAUGCUUCGAAAUAACCGGCAUUCAAAUACAACCAGGAGUUUUGGGUAACAGACUACCAGAUACGGUCGCCAAAUGCAUAAGCACAGAAAUGUUCAUCUCAACCUGCAUCACUCGAUAUGGUGCUGAUAAAUGCACAACGUGGAGCAAGGUGUGCAACAUAGUUGAUUUUACGGGCAAAGUCACGUUAACCAUGACUGAUAUGGAUUGCAUGAAAACACAAUGGGUUACUGAGACAUGUGUAUCGAAAUACAGCCAACAUUUUUGCACAAAACUAAGAGCAAGUUGUUCAUCGUUACUUGGUGAACCAGACGGUGCGGACACAGUUACGAUUUUGUCAUCGAAAGUGUUAGUUUGCAUAUCGACAGACACAAAUGAACUAAAACGAUGCAUAUCAAAAUACGGAUCCAGCUACUGCUAUCAGUUAAUAUUGUACUGCUCGCGGACUCUGCGUGUGACUUUACCACCAGGUCCUCUUCAAAACAUACCGCUGGCUAUUGCGAACUGCAUAUUCACGGAUGACCCGAUGAUUCUAUGCACAGUGAAAUACGGUGCUGACUAUUGCAACAGUCUGCAAAACGCCUGCUCUGAAGUGACGGGCGUGACGAUUCCAUUCUACACAACUGCGACGAAAUUGCCGGACGAAAUUGCCCAGUGUAUAAUUACAGAGAACGUUAUCGCAGUUUGCUAUGCUGAAGACGGUGAUGCUCUUUGCAAAGCAUGGAUGUCUGCUUGUAAAAUCGCAAUACCCAAGUGGCAAUUGAGUCCGAUCGAGAUCAAAUGCAUCAAAAACAGUGAGUUUUCAAUCGUCUUAAGUAGUAUUUUCUUGCAUUGCAUUGAUUGGUGA